UUGUCGGUAAAACUCGGACAAAAAGUGGAGACUUUGCUGCACCUUUGUGACUAUAUUGGCGCCUUUUGAGACGUUUCUGGUCAAAAGUGGCGACGAAUGUGUUCCGUGGAAGUGACUUAUCUUGACGACUUGUCAGCGCGCACAUCGCCAGUGAGUCACCCAUGUCAGUGACGGUUCAAAAGCGGGGCUCACACUUGCUUCUCAUGGCCGCCAACAGCCGCUCUUCGCCCCGCUUCACGCACGGAAAGACUGCCGGUGCUUUCGAAGCGAGUCGCGCCGAGUUUGUAUGAGCCGAGCCGGAGGAGGUCAGCGGCGAGGGGUCGCAUGGCCGGAGGCUCCGCCGCCAGCAGCAGCAGCAGCAGCAGAGCCGGCUGGCGGGGCGUCACCAUGAAGAUGCCCCGAGGAGGGCGCCUGUUUCUGGCGACGUGCCUCGGCUCACUCGCGGUCCUGCUGCUCUACUACCAGAGUAUCAGCAAGCCCGACGUGAGUGUUGGUGCAGUCAGCAGACCUGCAAAAAGCAGAAGGAGUCCACUACAGACCCUCUACAGUGGAGACCAGCAUCUGGAGCUGCUGGCUGCUCAGAGGUCACUCCAAGGUCGCAGGGAGCUGCUGGAGCAGGCCUGUCGGAGUCACACCAAGAAGCGGCGGGUGCUUUCUCCAGAGGACCUCAAACACCUCAUUGUGGACGACAAACACAGCCUGAUUUACUGCUACGUCCCCAAGGUAGCGUGCACCAACUGGAAGCGCGUCCUCAUGGUCCUCACCGGCGAGGGUCGCUACACCGACCCCCUGGCCAUCCCCGCCAACGAGGCCCACGUAACGGGCAACCUGCGGGCGCUCUCCGAGUUCUCCGUCCCGGAGAUCAACCGGCGCCUGCGCGAUCACCUCAAGUUCGUCUUCGUGCGGGAGCCCUUCGAGCGCCUGGUGUCGGCCUACCGCAACAAGUUCACGCGCAGCUACAACACGGCUUUCCACAAACGCUACGGCACCAGGAUCGUCCGCCGCUACCGCGCCCGGCCCGGCCCCCCGGCCCUGGAGACAGGGAGCGACGUCUCCUUCCGGGAGUUCGUGCAGUACCUGGUGGACCCUCGGACGCAGCGCGAGGAGCCCUUCAACGAGCACUGGGAGAGGGUGCACUCCCUCUGCCACCCCUGCCUCAUCCACUACGACAUCGUGGGCAAGUACGAGACUCUGGAGCCCGACGCCCGGGCCGUGCUCUCCUUGGCGGGCGUGGAGGACUCGCUCCGGUUCCCCACCUCCGGUAAAAACACCAGGACCGACGGCGACAUGGCGGCGCGCUUCUUCCAGCACAUCGACGCCUUCUACCAGAGGAAACUCUUCAACCUCUACCGGAUGGACUUCUUGCUCUUCAACUACUCCACACCGGAGUACCUCAGAACUUGACUUGAGCAAUCAGGACCUUCUUUUAUGCACUUUUCUCCAUUUUCCUGCUGGAUGACGAGCCUCCACUAACUCCGCACCACCAGGACUUAUUUAUGAGGAGCGGGUUCUCCUCCCGCAUGGAGGAACCGACUAUGACUGUGAACUUACACCACAAAUCCAAUUUACCCAACUCCCAUUGAACGCCUUUACCUGAUUUAUUUAAAUGUUAGCCUUGUCAGGUGACCUCGUACUCAGCCACCUCCUCAUUCUUGGAGAACAAGGUCAACACGGAAGGCACUUCUUCAUAUUUAACGGUCUGUCGUUACUGCGGUUUCACUUUCACUACACUCUUAGAAAUAAGGGUUCUUCUACAAGGGCUGAGGUUCUAACUGGAACCAUUUGCUUCUGAAAAAACCCUUUCCCGAAGAAAGGGUUUUUCAAGGGUUCUUGGUAACGCUAAUGGUUCCGGUAAGAACCAUUUUGAUCCAGAGAACCCUUUCAAACCCCUUUUCUGAAUCAUUGGUUUUAAAAGGGUUCUCACUAACACUAAGGGUUCCAGUAAGAACUAUUUUGAUCCAGAGAACCGUUUUUGGAAGAAAGAGUUCUUCAGGGAUUGUCACCAGGGACAUACUCCCUGAUAACAUUUGCCAAUA